GUUGAGAACGGUGGUCGAUUCCACUCUCGCUUACUGUUCACUUUCUUCUCCACUGUUUCUUGGCCACUCCCUCUGAUUCCCCCUGCUGCUAUGGGUUCCGGCAAAGCCCAAAGUGGUAAGAAGAUUAAGAGGAAGGUUCCCAGAAGCCCUAAGAAGAACGGGGCUGAAGAAGAUGCUACGAAGGCUUCCAGCUUGGCUACGGACACAGCUAUGCAAGCACUUGAGAAAGAGCGGGCCCAGACUUCUUCUUCCUCGUCUGCAACGUCCCCUCCUUUUGUUGAAGUUGUCCCAGAACGCGCUCCUCAGGUGGGGAAUACUACUGAGCAUAACACCCCCCAGGUGCUUGACAAUAUGCCUGAACCAGAGAAGGCUGCUGCCAAACCCGUUACCUUUGCUGACCUCUUCAAAGGUAAUAGGGACCCUGACCAAGGUAUGACUUUGAAGCAUUAUGAUGUUGGUGAAGGCGUUCUCCAUAUCCCAGAUUCUGUCAUCAAGCCUGUUGAAGAACUUUGGGGUUUUUGCCUAG